CUGGUGUGUUUGCACGAAGAACCUGAUCCAACAGAUACCCGACCCGCUGAAAGCUAUAAAACGAAACCCUAGAAACCCUUGAGGACCCCUAACCCCAACUGCAGCCUCUCUCGCUCUCUCUGUGAAAUCAUGACGUUCAAGAGGAGGAAUGGCGGUCGCAACAAGCACGGGAGGGGCCACGUCAAUUUCAUCCGCUGCUCCAACUGCGGCAAAUGCUGCCCUAAGGACAAGGCCAUCAAGAGGUUUCUCGUCCGCAACAUCGUAGAGCAAGCCGCUGUUAGGGAUGUACAAGAAGCCUGCGUCUAUGAUGGAUAUACUCUCCCUAAGCUGUACGCAAAGAUGCAAUACUGUGUUUCCUGCGCUAUCCACUCGCAUGUGGUUCGCGUGCGAUCGCGCACUGCCAGGCGCAACCGGGAGCCACCGCAGAGAUUCAGAAGAAGGGAUGAUCUUGGAAAGCCUGGGCAACCUCCUCGCCCAGGUGCGCCGGCAAAUCCCGUUCGCCCGUGAUCACUAUUUUGGCAUUGGAAUUCCUUUUUCGUGUAGUUUCGAAGCAUUUUGGUUGGUUGAGUUUCCUUGUUAUUUGUCGGAGUCUUUGAGGUCUACUCGUGGAUUUUGGAUACUCGGCGCUAAGAUGGAUUUCUAUUAAGCUUAUCCGUUGCAUUGGUUCUUUA